AUGGCUGACAAUCAAACCACAGAACAAACAGAACAAGUGAUCUCUAAGAUCUCUGUCUUCACUCCAAUCAUAUAUGUUACCGUUGUGCUUACGGCUCUAGUUGUAUUCUCAAUCAAUUACAGAAAGAAUAAGAUAAAUGCAUUAUAUAAUAGACAACCAUUCUUCAAAAGAAACUUACCUAAAGAAUUACAUUUUGAAUUAAGAGAUAGUGACCCAAAACCAAAUGAAAAAGUAUUAAAAGCAGCUUUAUUAAGAAGAGGUGCUGAAUCUAUUAGAAGAACAAUCAAACUUAAAGAAGUUCAACCAUUUAUCACAGCAUUAUAUCAAAAAGGUUCAAUUGGUGAUGAUCUUUAUGAAAGAUAUCAAACUGCUACAAAAUUAGAAGAGUUAGAAGUUCAAGAAAUUGUAGCAGAAACUGAAAAAUAUAAAGCUGGUUGGAUUCCAAAAUUUGUUCCUUUAUUACAAGAAAUUUGCUUCAAUGAAGCAUUGAGAAGAAGAUAUAGCGCUAUUGAAGAUAGAAAAUUGGAUUUACUAGACCAAUGGGAAAUUAAAAUUUCUAAAGAUGGUAUUUUAGAAUUCCCAAAUAAAGAAAAAUAA